AUGAAUCAAUUAGUGUUGUCGACAGCACUGGUAGUAGUGUUUUGUCGCAUAGCUGUCGCCCAAUACGGCGGUGACUACGGCGGCGGCGAAGAGGGAGGCUAUAAAGGGGGAGACUAUGGCGGCGGUGAAAAGGGUGGUGAAGGUGGUUAUGGCGAGGGCUAUGAGAAGAAAGUAUACAAACCAGCGGUGGUUAAGCCUCCGAUAAUACCAUACGUUAAGCCUGUAGUCAAAUCGUACGCAAAGUAUCCGAGCUAUGGUGGCUAUGGUGGGUAUGGCGGAGGUUAUGAAGGUUAUGGCGGUCACGGCAAAGUGAUCCCGAUCACAAAACUGCAUGAAUAUCAGCCCAAGUUUGACAUAACACCGUUCAUCAAGUCGUACGGAGGCGCACACCUGCUCCAGAAGUACCACAAACCCGAAGUGAUCGUCAAACACGCGCCGCCCGUUUUUAUCAAACAGCCACCCAUUGAGAAGACUAUCAUUCAAAACGUUUACGUCAAACAACCCGUUAUAGUAAAGGAACAGCCGGUCAUUCAUAAGGAGAAGGAGAUUAUCGUGAAGAAGAAGCCGGCGAUCGUCAAAAUCAAUGAGAAGGCGCCCGUAGACGUCAAGGACUUCGGGCAGACCGCUGUUGUCAAGGGCUAUAAACCUAAAUAUGAACCCAAAUAUGAACCUAAAUAUGAGCCCAAAUACGAACCCAAAGGCGAGGGCUCUGUGGGCGGCGGCGAAGGGGCUAAAGAGGAUUACCAGUGA